AUGGAGGCAGAUUCAACCCAGGACUCACUAGAGUCAACAGCCCGCCCCAACAAUAACAAUCGCACCCGCAAGAAUAACAAUAAUGGCAAAGGCGGAAGCGGCCAGUCACGCCAGGUUCUCAUCUCCAAAGCCCUGUCCCGUCUGCUCCGCCACCAGGCGACCAACGCCGGCAUCACGCUCGACGCGGAGGGUUACGCCCCGCUCAAGGCCGUGCUCGCCUACGGACCCAUCAAGUCGCUCCAGGCCACCGAGGAAGAAGUGCACCGCGAGGUCGAGAGCAACGAGAAGCAGCGGUUCAGCACGCGCCAGAACGACAGGGGCGAGUGGAUGAUCCGCGCGAACCAGGGACACAGUAUCAAGAUUGAGGACGAGGGUCAUCUGGCACCGCUUACGCCCGACACGGUGCCGGACAAGGUCCUCCACGGGACAUACUUUGCGUUCUGGGGUACCAUUGUUGAGUCGGGCGGGUUGAAGCCCAUGGGGCGGAAUCACGUGCAUUGCUCGACGGGUACACCGGAGGAGGGCGUGGCGAGUGGUAUGAGGAAGGACGCGGAACUGGUCAUUGAGGUGGAUGUGAAGAGGAGCAUGGAGGAGGGCGGUUUGACGUGGUGGAGGAGCGAUAAUGGGGUCAUUUUGACCGGGGGCGAGGUGAGCACCAAGUGGUUCAAGCUGGCCACGGGGAGAAAGGAGGAUGUUGGCGUGCUAUGGGUCGACGGGGAAUGGCAGGCUGAUCUACCGAGUGGCCUCAAGAUGCGUGUACCUCAGGGGAAAGGGGCCCACAGGGGUAGAGGGCGAGGGAGAGGGAGAGGUGGCAGAGGCAAUAGGGGCUCCUAA